AUGGCUCCAAAUUACUCCCGCUUAGUAGCUUUGCUUCUCCUGGUGAUCAUUAACCUAAGUUCCUUCGGAAAUUGCCAAUACGAUGAAGACACAAAACAAGGAGCUUCAUAUAUUUUUGGAGAUUCUUUAGUUGAUGCGGGAAAUAAUAACUAUAUACCAACUUUGUCCAGAGCUAAUAUUCCGCCGAAUGGAAUAGAUUUCCGUGCAUCGGGAGGAAGUCCUACGGGAAGGUACACAAAUGGAAGGACGAUUGGAGAUAUCAUCGGGGAGGAAUUGGGACAACCAUACUAUGCAACACCGUUUCUCGCUCCAAACUGUACCGGAAAAGCCACACUGCACGGAGUUAAUUAUGCUUCUGGAGGCGGCGGGAUCAUGAACGCCACUGGACGAAUUUUCGUAAACCGGCUUUCAAUGGACAUCCAGGUUGAUUACUUCAACAUUACUAGGAAACAAAUAGACAAAUUGCUUGGUCCGUCUGAGGCAAAAGAACAUAUAUCAAAAAAUUCGAUUUUCUCAGUCACGAUUGGGUCCAACGAUUUUCUAAACAACUAUUUACUUCCCGUUAUUUCGAUGGGUGCAAGAAUAACACAAAGCCCGGAUGCCUUCAUAGAUGAUCUUCUCAACCAUCUAAGAGGUCAGCUCACGAGACUUUACAAACUGGAUGCUAGAAAAUUCGUCAUCGGAAAUGUGGGACCAAUUGGUUGUAUCCCAUAUCAGAAGACGAUCAACCAGUUAACUGCGGAUCAGUGUGUGGCAUUACCCAACAAACUUGCACUUCAAUAUAAUGCUCGACUCAAGGAUCUGCUUGCUGAACUCAAUGAUAAUCUCAAAGGAGCUACAUUCGUGCACGCAAAUGUGUACGAUCUUGUGAUGGAGCUCCUGACAAACUACAAGAGUUAUGGAUUUACUACUGCAAGCAAAUCGUGCUGUGGAAACGGAGGUCAAUUUGCCGGAAUAAUUCCAUGCGGGCCAACAUCUAGUAUGUGUUCGGACCGUGACAAGCAUGUAUUUUGGGACCCUUAUCACCCAAGCGAGGCCGCAAAUAUUAUUAUUGCCAAGCAGUUAGUGGAUGGAGGUCCUAAAUAUGUAUCUCCCGUCAAUCUUCGAGAGCUUAGAGAUCUCUAA